UUGAAGUCGAAACUUAAAAGAUGAGAUUCGCUAUUCUUCUUGCCGUAUUGAUCGCACUUUGUAGCGUUUCUCUGGCUCUCAAGAAUUCAACCUGUGCGCCUCCAGAAAAAUAUGAGGGACAGAAGUGUGUCUACGUAAGCAUCCCCAAGUGGAGUUACCACAAGAGGAGAAAUGAAUGUGUGUAUUGGGUACGUAAGAUCUGCAAUGGCGACAAGAAUAUAUUCAAGGACAAGAAAGAAUGUGAGGAAACCUGCAAGAAAACAGUUCAGUUAGCUGAAGUGGAUCAGUGACUAUAUCAAAUGGAUCUUAAUUGGUUCCCAAUAUUUAACUACAAUUUAUAAUUAAAUUGAAA